AUGAAUGUUGAGAAAGGAAAGAAUAUAAUUGAUAAUGGUGGUGUUUUCUCUCCCUCAAUUAUUCGAGUUAAAAGCUGUCAUAAUUCUAAUAAUUUAUGGGCAUCAACCCAUUCUCUCUUCCAAAAGCGAGCCUGGAAGGGAAGGAAAUUGGUGGGGCAACUCAAACUGUUAACGCAAAUCAAAGCGGGCGUCAACAUCUAUCGUGGAAGGCUAAGGCUUGAGCAACCCAAUUGGUAUCCGCAUCAGUCGGAGCUGAACACUGUUCAAUUGGAGAUUGAUACAAAGACGAGGUUAGCAGGGUUACCCCGUCAAUUUCAACGAGACAAAUGGAAUGGAAUGCGCUGGGGCUUGGGAACCCCUACAUAUUCCAUGCUCUAA